AUGACGACUAUUAAAGAGGAGACGCUUGAUCGUUUACUGCGUGAAAACAGACGGAUUCAGUCAUAUGUUCGCUCUUUGAUUGAGGCGAUUGAGGUUCGCCGUGUGCUCACAGAUAAUGUUCUUUUUGCAUUAAUGCGGAGAGAAGCUGCACAGCGGCAGCCUAACCGAAAAGAACUUCUUCGGGCUGACGUGGACCUAUGGUUUAAAUUUUGCUGUGGUUCCCAGAUGUAUGCGCCUGCUUCCCUUAUGCGGCCGCCAUGGUAUUGUCAUGCAUUUGCACCCAACUUUCGCUGGAGCCAUCGAGCGAAAAGGUUGAUGAAGAGACAGGUGGAGCUCCUGGGUUUAGACAAUUGGGAGGAGGGCAAUUCUGCGCAGUGGCAGGUUGUGGCGAAUGCCGUCAACUACGACUCGAGUUCUACUCGGAGCGUAGACGGUUUUCAAUGUUUUCUGCAGUAUUAUCAGGAAGUGAUAGCUUCGCCGGACCCCUUCUCGUCCACGGAGGAUAACCUCAUCGACAUGCAUGACCCGGUAAGCGGUCGAUGGGGCAAACUUGUGGAUGACAUUCUUCAGCGCAUUGGCUGUCGUCGUACGGUGUUUCAGGUUGCGGAGAGGUAUCGCAAACUUAAACGUGAACUUUACGAGUACAACUGUCUUCUUUACAAUACCGAUUGGGUAAAAAUAGAGGCACUUUUGCGGAGCAAUGCCACUCCCGAGGCGGAACUUUUUUUAGAGUGUUCAUGUAGGCUGAAUAUGGGUCGCAAAAUCCCUUGGCUGACGGAGGAUUCUAUCCGUAGGACUUUUAUGUGGUAUCAAGCAACACGUGUUAGCGGAGACGCUCUUAUGCUACGAAACAUUUACGCUGUGCUUCUAAGUAAUGGGGACUACUUUUCUUCCAGGGAGGCCAGAGAAAUUGGGGUGCGUCUCCUAGGGUGUGACCCGCUAGAUUUACGCGAGGCAAUUGCUCGGGCAAGGUGGCGGUAUGCACAGAUUUCGGAGGAAGUGGCGGCUGCACGUCUUUCGUCAUCGGUACCAGAAAUCAAAGAGCGUGUCCUUGCGAAGGUGUUGCGUUGGCAUGACAGUGUCUAUGCUUCAGAUUUCUUUCGUUUAUCGAUUAAUUUGUUUGGCCAGCGAGAUGGUGCUCUGGCGUGCUUUCGUAUCUCACGGGAUUACGAGCGACGUCGCAGGAAGACGGCACCGCACGGUCGUCUCCAGCUGUUGUAG